AACUAAUCUGCGAGUGGCAGGAAUGACCAAAAAUUAUGUUGGUACUCGUCACUUGGCGUUUUAUGAACGUUCUGCGCCACUGUGAUUUCAUUUUCGCGUUCGCGGUUCUCUUUCCGUAGCGCAGCGUAACGUGUGAGAUUUUCACGUGAAGUGUGGUUGAGUUGGACGUUUGUUUCGUUCAGCACUGCUGGGUUGUGUUUUCUGUAACUUCGAUUUGGUGUAAUACCGUUUUUUUGGGUUUAGACAUACUACGGUACACAAAAUGUCAAUCGGCGUCCCAAUUAAAGUGCUCCACGAAGCCGAAGGGCACAUUGUAACCUGCGAGACGAACACCGGUGAAGUUUAUCGAGGGAAAUUAAUUGAAGCUGAAGACAAUAUGAAUUGUCAAAUGUCAAAUAUUACAGUGACAUAUAGAGAUGGACGAGUUGCUCAACUAGAAAAUGUAUACAUUCGGGGAUCGAAAAUCCGUUUUCUCAUAUUACCCGAUAUGUUAAAAAAUGCUCCAAUGUUCAAAAGACAAGGCAAUAAAGGAACAGGGGGCGCGGGAAGAGGAAAAUCUGCUAUACUAAGAGCACAAGCUGCCAGGGGUCGUGGUAGAGGUGCAAGAGGUCGUGGCACCAGUGGUUGGCAAGCUGGUCCAGCUAGUGGGACUAGGGGAGGUAGAGGAGAUAGACCAUGAGAGACAGUAUAAGCAAUUUCACAAGGACUGUUUUCUUUAUUCAUAAUUUUUUUUAACUUAAGUAUUAUAUUGUACUUGGAUGUGAUGUGAGUUUCAUUCGUAGAUUUUCAAAUGAUAAGUGUUGAUACGUCUGGAUAUCAUUUAAUAUUAUAAGACUAUGAAGUGAAAGUUUCUACUUGAAGAUCAUAAAUAUUCUGUUAAGACACUGAAAUUAAUGUACUAGUGAACAUUGAAUAUUGUAAUUGAAAUACAUCUUUUGUAACUUGUGUA